GACACACCCUGGCACAGCAAGCACAUGAUGCUGGCUGCCACGCUGGCCCCUUCCAGAAGGCAGCGGGCCCCAGCGGCCCCAGGGGCCCCUGGCCCGUCCCCAACCUGGGCCAUCUUGGGGCCUGGAUAGGGUCCGCCCUCAUCUCCCGGCUGCUUCAGACAAAGGCCACCCCUGCCCCCAGGCAGGGCCAGGCGCUCAGCAGUCCAGAGGCCGGCUGGCUGGGCACACUCCAGGACUGGCUGCCCGGGGUCCCUGUCACCGCAGCAGAACUGCUUGGGGCUGGUGUGUCCUCCAUGGGGCCCGAGGGCAGGGCCCAGUGCUGGUGCUGUGGCCCUGAGCGGAGCUGCUGGGCAGCUGGAGGCAGCCCCACCGGGGGACACUGUGGACCCUGCUCCCAGUGUGGCCACGCCCAGGGCCAGGACCCCGGCGGCACCCUGUGGGCAGGCCAGGACCACACGGACGGGCAGAUCCUGGGCCAGCUGCGUGCCCUGAUGGAGGAGGAGGAGGAGGGGGCCUGGGCUGCCCCGCCCUCCAGGCCUGCCUUCCCCGAGAUGGGCUCCGAGGAGCUGCGGCUGGCCUCCUUCUGUGACUGGCCGCUGACUGCCACCGUGCGGCCUGAGCUGCUGGCUGCCGCCGGCUUCUUCCACACGGGCCGACAGGAUAAGGUGAGGUGCUUCUUCUGCUCCGGGGGUCUGCAGACCUGGGAGCGGGGGGACGACCCCUGGACUGAGCAUGCCAAGUGGUUCCCCAGGUGUGGAUUCCUGCUCCGGGCCAAAGGAAGGGACUUCGUCAGUAGUGUCCAGGCGUCCCUCCGCCCCCCGCCGGGCUCCUGGGACCCAUGGGAGGAACCUGCGGACGCAGCCCCUGCCGCCUCAGCUCCUGCCCACCCCACGCCCAGAGGAGACACCUGCUUGGCAGAUGCCAGGGAGUCAGCCCCCAGGAGCCCAGGACGCGGAGGAGCAGCUGCGGCGGCUGCAGGAGGAGCGGACCUGCAAGGUGUGCCUGGACCAAGCCGUGAGCACCGUCUUCGUGCCCUGCGGCCACCUGGUCUGCACCGCCUGCGCACCCAGCCUGCGGCUCUGCCCCCUCUGCAGGGCCCCCGUCCACAGCUGCGUGCGCACCUUCCUGCCCUAGGCCGGGGGCCCCGGGCGGCUGCCACGUGCUCGGCCAGUCCCACGGACCCUGCUGCAGUGGGCCCGCCGAGGACCCGAGCUGGUGUCCCGCACCGCCCACCCGGAUCCUGCCCAACAGCCCAGGGUGGGAGGGGCUUGGUGUGCGUGGGGCUGGUUUCACCCGAGUCUGGACGCUUCGAAAGAGUCACAAUAAAGCGAUAGGUGUUCCCUGGC